UAGAAACACAGCGAUCAGUUGCGUGUACGCGAUUAGAGAGAAAAGGUGUAGUGAUGUUUUCAGGACACCCCCGUUUGUUUUUAAGUAAUGGAACAACCCGGGGGUUGAUACCACAGUCCGGAUGAUGAGCGUGAAGAGAGAAGUCGCUCACGGAGCGGAAAAUCGGUGACAUGAGAGCGACAUCGAGCCGCAAUCAGCAGGUUUUAAAUACUUUUUGGCUCCAGGGUGGGUUAUAAUAGGGCUUCAUUUGAUCGGGGGUGCGAUAACACGGCGCUGUAUUUAGUUUAUUAAUGAACGCUGGGUGUGUAAAGUGAUGGCAGAGGGAGCUGGGUGCUGACAGCGUGCGAGAGAGGACCAGAGCCGGCGUCCUGAGCCGAAACCCAGCGCUUUGCUACGUCUCCUCCAGGGCGUAGAGGUGGUUGUGUGAGGGGAAAACGGGAGCGAUGCCUCUCUCUCUCUUCCUGCGUCUGUUUUGUCUGUGGGCUGUGUCGACCCUAUUUUGUGCCCAAGAGAUCAAAACCACAAGAUGGCCGCUCUACUCCCAGAAGCCUCUCCUGCUGGUGUGGAACGCUCCGACGGAGGACUGCACCCCGAGACAAGGCAUCAACUUCCUGUUCCACCGCUUCCAGAUCGUGGCGUACCCCACCGAGGGCUUUGUGCGACAAAACCUCACCAUCUUCUACAAAGAACGUUUGGGAAUGUACCCUUAUUACGAUGACAACGGCAAGGCGGUGUACGGGGGCCUUCCGCAGGUCGCCAGCCUUACGCAGCAUCUGGAAAACAUUGACAAGGGGAUCCAGAAGUACAUCAGUGAACCCACGGCGAAAGGGCUGGCCGUGCUCGACUGGGAGGAGUGGAGGCCGCUCUGGAUCCGUAACUGGAACGCCAAAGAUAUCUAUCGUGAAAAAUCCAAGCAGCUGAUCUUGGAAAAGAAUCCCAACUGGACGGCCGAACAAGUGGCCAGAGUUGCUCAGCAGGAUUUCGAGCUCUCGGCGCAAAUGUUCAUGCAGAAGACGCUGCGCAAAGUGAAAAGCCUCCGGCCAAACCAACUCUGGGGUUUUUACCUGUUCCCCGACUGCUACAAUCACAACUACCUCAGCAACGGCAGUCUGAAAAACUACACGGGCCGCUGCCCCAAAGUUGAGAUGGAACGCAACGACCAGCUGAAAUGGCUGUGGACCGAAAGCACGGCGCUCUUUCCUUCGGUGUACAUAGGCCGAGCGCUGAAGGACCAAGCCAUCGGGCGCCAGUUCGUCAGGAACCGAGUCAGAGAGGGCCUGAGGCUGGCAUCGAUCGGAAACGGCACCGCACGACCCGUGUUCGUGUACACACGACCCACCUACAACAACGAGCUCACGCUGCUGACCGAGAUGGAUCUUAUCUCCACUAUAGGUGAAAGCGUGUCUCUGGGAGCCGCCGGUGUGAUCCUGUGGGGCGACGCCUCCUAUGCCAAAAGUAAGGAGAGCUGUUUCAGUCUGAGUGAGUACCUGCGUUCCGGAGCCCUUGGACGCUACCUCCUGAACGUGUCGUCCGCGGCCGAGAAGUGCAGUGAACUUCUUUGUGGAUGGCGCGGCUGCCUGCGCAGGCGCUCCGAUACCGACACCUACCUGCACCUGAGCGCCCGCACACACACCCUGGAGAUGCGAGAGGGCCGGCUUGCUGUCAGCGGCAGGAUGGACCAGGAAGAGCUGAAGAAGCUAAAUGAGGACUUCCAGUGUCAGUGCUACACCGGAUACACUGGUGCCUCGUGCUCUCAAAAAGCAUCCGGGAACAGAUUGGCUCCCAGCCUGCAGGGGGCGCUGGUGAUCAUACUGAUUCUGACCUUUCUGCAGUGACUUAAUCCUGCUGAGCUAAUGCUUACCAAGAACGGCAGACGAAAAGAGAACACCACAGACGCCGUCUUUGCUGCCUUAACAGCCAGCGUUUAGUUUAGUGCUGCCCCCUGCUGCACAGCAUCCAAACUCCUCAUGGACACACUAGGUUCUACAAGGCCUGUCCUUGAUCACCGAUCUGCCUUUCUUCACUAACACAGCUGCUUCAGGGAACCGCUCAGACUCCACACACCUCCACAUUGAUUUUAAACGUCGAGCUGCUCUGAGAAAACUAUUUUACGUUCUUAUUAUCUUUAACGUGGUCUGGGACGUGUGGUGUCGCUUUAACACUCAGUUCAGCUCCAGAUUCAAAGAACAUUUUAGCAGAAGAACCAAACUGGGUUUGGUGGCAAGAAACUCGUCUUCCCCGGUGAAAUAAUGGGCGUUGAGGCAGAGGAGUUCCAUCCUGAGAUCAGGAGGAGAACUCAGAGCUUUACCAUGUUCACCACAUUCUGCAGGAUGGAGAGAUGGAUCCUGUUCACGUUCUCUCAGUAUUUAUAAUCCUCUCCCGGGUUUAAUACAGAUGUCCACGCCACAAGAGUUUAUUACACCCACACAUGUCAUCUGUUGCACGUGUGUGUGUGUGUGUGUGUGUGUGUGGGAGAGAGAUCUCAGUAUUGUUAAAGUCUGAUGUGUGACGCAGGAUCGCCGCUGGAUGGAGUCCCAUGAACAUCUCACACACGCCCGAUCUUCUACCAAAGCACAGAUCAUCAUUCGUCCUUGUUCAUUAUGCAGGCAUUUGUUUUAUAGUUCUGUUUUAGCUUUCGUCUCUGAGUGGGUGCAGUCAUGUUUUACCUUUUGUGUGUGUGUGUGUGUGUGUGUGUGUUCUCAAUACAAAGAUCUGAACUGUGUAUUAUGCAACAUUUACCAGCAUUAGUGUUUCCUGGACAACGUGACACGUUCCUUGCCUUUUAUCACAUGCUGUGACGUUCACUGCCUAGUCACACUGUGCCUGGUGUGUGUGUGUGUGUGUGUGUGUGUGUGUGUGUGUAGAGAAGAGAUACACUGCCAUUAGCUUGGUGCUAGUAUAACAUUGUGCCAUAAGUGUGUGUUGAACGGCGAGCUGUUGUUUGGAGCACACGGUGACCUCGCCGAGGGUCUUCGCUUCACUUUCACAGCGGAGACGCUCUCAGUCAUUGACGUGAAUGUGUUCUAUAUGUAGCUGCAAAUCCAAAUGAUUGUAACUCUGUGUUUUCUUAUUAUUUUACAAUAAAUCUGAUGAUUUGAAA